AUGAAUGAUCAUCCACUUAAUGAAGAAUUCAUGUUACUUUCGAAUAACCGUAAACAACCUUCGUCAACACCAUCUAGUUCAACUUCUCUAAUUGUAAUUAAUCGAAUUUCUACAUUACAUAGUAUUUCAUCAACAACAUGUAAGACUAAAACGAUACUAGAAAACUCAAAUUAUACCAUGCCUUCGAUUGGUGAUCAUCUUGGUAAACAAGUAUCAAAUGAGCCAAAUUCUGAUAAUGAUAUUGAAACAUCAUCAAAACAAACGCGAAUAGAUGAUGAUAGUGAUGAAAUUGAAAGCUUCAUGAAAGUUGAUGACGCUGUGUUAAGUAUACAAUUAGUUAGUAUUGGAUUUACAGUUGAUGGCAGUGGUGAAACAACAGAAGAAACAACAGAAGGAACAUCUGAUCUCCCUAAUAAUACAAUUGUCAUUAUGACGAUUAAUUGCACAAAUGCAAGUGAUACAUUAUUUUAUAUUUUAACAAGAAUCAAUACAACAAUUCCUUUCACUUAUAUUGUAUCACCGAAUUAUAAUCAACUUACUUGUAAUGGGACGUCAGUUGAUGUAACAUUAAAUUUUAAUACUAUUGAUAAUAUUAAUACGAUAAAUGAGUUGUAUGAAAACCUUGAAAAUAUAACAUCAUCUGUGGGAGUUCCACUAGUUACAUUUAAUACGUGUGGUAGAAAUGAAACAGAACCAGUUAUAAAUGUCACAUCAUGUUUUCUUAUUAAUCUAUGUCGAUUAUGUGGAACUCCUCCACGUGGUGUAUGCUUACCAGAAGAUGGUGUAAGUAAAUGUAAAUGUUUUAUCAAUACUGAUGAUCCGUCAAGACCUUAUGUUGGCGAUCGUUGUUUACCAGCGGAUCCAAUAAAACUUAGUACUGCUCCUCGUUGGACACCAAUUAUAAUUGGUAUUAUAGCUGGUUUAGCUAGUCUAUGCUGUGCUAUAACAUGUUGCCUUUGGACUAUAGCUAUUUGGCGUCGUCGACGAAAUCUUAAUAAAGAUGAACUAAGAAUUUUUCGUUUAUGGCAUUUACCAAGAGCUCAAAUACCAACGUCGGGUACACAAGAAAAUGUUCCAACUUACAGGCCUAAUACACCGUCUACGUAUAGUAGUAAUCGAACUGAAUCGGAUCAGGAUCCAAAUAAUACAGCAGAUAGUGCAUUUUUUAAAGAACUUGAUCAAAAAAUGGGUGAAAAUCUACGUGCGACAAGAACAAGACCAAAUGCAAGUGCUAUAUUAGCAAGUUUACCAUCAGAUACAAUAUCAACAAUAAGUAGUAAUGAUUCAAUUGAUGAACUUGAUGCAAUUAUUGAUAAUGAAGAUUUAAAUUUAACAUUUCAUGAUUCAUUAGAUGAUCUUUAUGAAGAUAAUGAAAUACUUGAAGCUGUAAAUCCAAAUGUUAAAUUACCAAGACCAAAUGUUGACUCGAAACCUUCAGGCCUUUUUUCCAAAUUCUUAAUUGAACAAUUAACAUCGCUCAUGAAAUAUUGA